UUGGAGCGCGUAGCCGCCGACUGGCGGCGAAGGGGCGACGCGGUGGAAGGGCCGAGCUCCGCUGGCCCAGCGGUGCCGCCAGCAGCGUCGCGGCGGGGGUCGCUCGAGCAGGAGCAGGCCGCGUCUGUCGCGGCGAGUGCGACGCGCGACGCGACGUCGGGGAGAGCGCUCGGCGCGCUGGGUGGGCCUGGCUCGUCGCGGCUGAACGAGGAGGAGGAGAGGUCCUCGGCGGCGGCAGCAGCUCUGCAGGCGAAGGAGGGCGGCGCCGAGCUGGAGGUCAUCUCCGCGGUGGCCGCCGGCGUGACCGCGGGUUCGCCUACUCUGCGUUUCAGGGCGCAGGUGGCAGGGGAGUGGGGAGUGGCCUUGGUCGACAGCGGGGCUUCUCUCAACUUUGUUGGGGCAGAGUUUGUACGCCGAUUACCCACAUCACAGGUGACAAUCGUCCCAUUCGAGCGGUGGGAAGGAUUUCUGGGGGAGAGGAAGGAAGGGCAGAAGGCAAUGUUCAUCGUGAGACGGUCUUCAAUAAUCGCACACUCAGGGAUGAGCGUGCAGGUGUACAAGAACCCAGGGGAGGAGUAUGAGAUCGAAGGGAGCUGCUGGAGCCGAAGCUGUACGGUGAUCGACGCGGCGAGGAGAGCGGUCGUGCGGAGAUCCGGCGGAAGAGGUGGAGAUGCGGGUAUCGUCAUAUGUGCCUUCCCCUCGUAUCUUCCUGCUCAACGGACCAAUUUUUGCUUUCGUUUCCCUAGUUCCUUCUCUUCAGACUUCAAUCAUCUCUUCUGCUGUCGCCGCAGGCAGCAAAUGAAAGCAAUGAUGAUGAGAAGCAGUCGGCGUCUGGUUGAACGCCAGUUCUCUCGAAUCAAAGCUCUCCCUUUCUCAAGCCAAACCCAACCCAGAUCAAUGACGAAGAGCGCGUCGCUUUCAUCACUCCCCAACAAAACCCUCCUUAAACCCUUUUCCCCUUCUUCUUGUCUCUCUCCUUGCUCUCUGAUAAAACGACUCACCGCGAGCUCUGAUUUUCCUCCUGUACACCUUCCUCCUCGGUUCCUGACCACCACCAGCAGCUCCGCCGAGAGCGAAGGAAGUGACGGAGGUGGACGAGAAGACUCCGACGACCCAAUUUCCUAUGAAACGGCCAACGAGGGAGAAUCGGAUGAUGGAUGGGAGGAGGAAGAAGAAGAAGCUGAACCCAAGGUGGGGGACGGCGGGUCAGGUGGUGGCAUUGUGUUUCAAGGUGUUCCAUGGGGAGAAAGAACUCUCGCCAUUGCUCGUGAGGUCUUGGCGCAAUUUGGUGUAGAGGACCUUGAACUCUUCUCUUUCAAGACCACCCCUCGUGGAUAUGUAUACGUGAGACUUGAUAAAAUGUCAAACCAAUAUGGUUGCCCCAGUUUUGAGGAACUUGAGGAUUAUUGUCGAGAGUACAAUAAGAGAUUGGAGGAAGUUGGAGCCCUCGGAGAAAUCCCUGAUAAACUGGCUGUUGAGGUAUCCUCUCCAGGUGCAGAUAGACUGCUGAAGAUGCCUGAAGAUCUAAACCGAUUCAAAGAUAUGGCGAUGAACGUGUCGUACUGGGAAGGCGAGGAGUCAAAUCAAGGGGAAAAGAAUGGAGUAUUCUUCCUGGAGUCCGUAGAACCAGAAACAGAGAGCUGUGUGUGGAAGUUGGCUGAUGUGAAGGAAAAUAGGGACCCUCAAAGCAAAGGCAGGCCUUUAAACCGUAAGCGGAGGGACUGGAGGUUGAUUUUGCCCUUCAGAAUGCAUAAUAGGGUUACUUUGUAUCUUGAAUUCUGACAAUCAAAUGAUUAGUAGUAUCACUUUCACACAUUCAUACUAUUUCAUGUGUUAUGACCUUGACCCAAUUAGAUGGACGCUCUCUGGUCAAGAACA